CGAAAAUCAGCAUCAAACGGAAGUGGAUAAUGUUGGGGAUCACUCAUCUGAUUGGACGCUUUUGUUGUUUCAAAGAGAGGUGUCCCUCUUCUUUUUUGUCACCAAGGAACCCCACGUGGAUUAGUCAUGUUACAGUGCAGUAUUGUGGCCCUUUCUGUGUGGACUUGGAGUAGAAUGGGGGACAUGGUGUGUGGCAAAUGGCACCUAGGAAAGAUGGCACAGGCUCAGGGGCAUGAGAAGCCCAGCUGGACUAGAGAAGAGCUGAGCUGCCUCCUGGUCGGGGAUGGAGCUGUGGGGAAGACAAGCAUGAUCAUCAGCUACAUCUUCAAUGGAUACAACAGCGAGUACAGGCAGACUGCUUUUGACGUGUUUACAGGAUUAGUUCAUGUGAAUGGAGUCCAAACACAGCUCAAACUUAUAGAUACAGCCGGACAGGAGGAGUUUGGGCAUCUUCGCUCCUUGUGCUACGCCCAUGUGGACGUCUUCAUCCUGUGCUUCAGCCUCGUCAAUCCUGUCUCUUUUGACAACGUCACGUCAAAGUGGAUCCCGCAGAUCCGUGCAGGGAACUCGACCUCUCCCAUUAUUCUGGUGGGGACCCAGUCUGACCUUCGCCACAAUGUGGACGUCCUCAUUCAUUUGAACCGACUCCGCGCUAAACCAGUGGGCCAAAGCGAGGUCAAGAGGUUGGCACGCCGCAUCCGAGCUCAUGACUACAUGGAGUGUUCAGCUCUGACCCAGCACCACCUCAAAGAUGUGUUUGACUGUGCCAUCUUUGCUGCCAUCAAGCAAAAACACAAUAGUGCAAAUAGCCAAAAGCUGAGUUUGAAACGCUGUUUUAAGACUUUUUGUGAAUGUGGAUUGAGGAAACUGUUCCAAUAAUGUGAGGGGAUUGGUUUUUAUACAUUACGUUUACCUUACUUUCUCUUUCUGGUUUUCCUAAAACUCUGGUUUUGUUUGUUGUUAUCUGUGUUUGUGUAUGUGUUUGUGCCAAACUCUGUAAUAAAUGCACUACAGAGCAGAACACGUUCCAUUCAAA